UUCUGACUCUGUUUUAAAAUUCUUUUAUCAACUAGAUUAAGAACCCAAAAAGAAGUUCUUCGUUUCCGGUAGUACUUAAACCUCCAGUCUUCAGUACUGAGCGCGGGCCUGAGCUGGCUAAUGUGGAAACUGAUCUGGUAUAGAUGAAUGUACUGAGGCAUUCAAAACAAGACUUCUUUGGCUCACAGAAGGCUUGGCUCAGAGCAAGGCCACUGCUGCCUCCAAGGAAGACCGCUAUCAGAGUUUUUGAUAAUGAGCUCUAGCUAUGAAAUGUGGAUGCCGACUCGGGACAGGUGCUUGUGUUGAGCUUUUUCUGAUUCAAGGUUGAAGACUAUCAUUGCUUCUAACACUACUUCACUUCUUCCAGAACACUGUGACAUUGAAACACUGGCUGACUGCCCGUGGAACUCCUACCACCAGAUGAAAGCAGCCCCUUCAGUGGCUUCUGGGUAGACUUGGCCUCUCUGGUGUCUUUCCCACUGUGGCGGUACUGAAGUCUGAUAAACUCAGCUUCUGCCUUUGUGUCUUUGGUGCGCUCAUUCCCAGCUUACAUUAUCGUCCCUGCCUGUCAGUACUAUCUCUGUCACAGAAGAGGAUUUAGAAAAGGACGGAGGAGGUGACACUCAGUUUGGUCUUCACUGGGAAAGUACCAUCAAUCAGUGCCCUGUCUUCAGCCCCCAGAGCUGGAGAGAGCUGUAGGCAGUGGACUGUAAACACAGGCAAAUAUUGACAGAAGUCAAGGUCAUGGAGGACCGUUUGGCCCAUGCCUGUUGGGGAAGGACAAACCUGCGGUUUAAAGCGGCUGGUCAAAUGGUUUGCAUUUCUAGAAACUGGGAAAUUUAAAAUUUUAAAUCUGGCAGCUCUUUAAUUGUCGUUGGUGGUUACAAAGCCACAGACUACACUGUCUUCUUUCUCCUGUCCUUCCCUGUUACAGGAAGGGCUUUUCUUUUUCAUGUUUGUUCCAGGAGGAAAAUAGAACUUCUCUAGAAGGAAGUUGUUCUGGCCCUAAGUGUUUAGAAGGGCUUUUGAUCGAAAUCACGGUUUAAUUUCACUCUGGGUCAAGUAACUGCUUGCCAAAUGCUUUGUUGGGUUGUGUGCUGUCUGAUGUGGCUGAUUUCUGCCUUAGAUGGUAAGUGUGAUUUCCUUACAAGAUAUUUCAUGUCUGUUUGUGGUUUAAGAGGCAUUGUAUGUACAGUUUUAAUGAAAUUUACAUUUAUAAUAUUUAUUAAAAGUUCUCAAUUAUGGUAUAUGCUCUAUACUCAUUGGGGACCUAGUAUGUAUUAGUGGUGAUCUUGCUUCCUCUGACGGGUGGUCAUUGCCGAUUUGCUCCUUUUGUUCUGAGACUUCCCCAAAAGUGACAAUUUCAAAAUCCUGAGAUGCUAACUACUGAAAACUCUAGGACUGAUGCUUGGGAAGGAAUUGCUUGUCCAGGAAUAGAUAAGUUGUGAUUGAGUUUGGCUACAGUGCCUGUGAUCUGCUUGGAGACAUAACUUCAGAAAUUCCUGGAGAAUGAGGAUUGGGAUGUACAUGCAAUGGGAGGGAGAGGACAUGGUGUGAUGAUUAGUCCCCCAGAGUCUUGGCAGGAGGAAUCCAGUGGGGUGCCCUUACAGCCAGUGACACACCAAAUGAUUCUGUUCUCUGUUUUCUUUCCAACAGCGAGCUGGUCGGAACUUCCUCCAGUGGACAACAGCGUGUUGGUUGCAAAGGAAGAAGAAGGACGGAUUAUGGGGGUGUACCUUUGUAUCAGAGGCUACCACCUGGUGGGAGAGCAGUCUUUGGUCCUCAGUCUCUCAGAGAAAUGGGAGGGCUCCUCCCCUGAGUGCCGCUUGGGCCACUGUCCCGAGCCGGUACUGGAAAAUGGCAGGAUCAAUUAUUCUGGACCUGUGAAUGCAAGUGACAAAAUCAUGUUUAAAUGCAAUGAUGGUUACAUCCUCAAGGGAAGCAACUGGAGCCAGUGCCUAGAGGACCACACCUGGGCACCUUCCUUGCCCAUAUGCCGAAGUAGAGACUGUGACCCUCCUGAGAUUCCUAGCCAUGGCUACUUUGAAGGAGAAUCUUUCACUUCAGGAUCUGUUGUUACUUAUUACUGUGAAGACAGGUACCGUUUAGUGGGCACACGGAAGCUGCAAUGCAUUGAUGGGGAGUGGACCGGUUCCUAUCCUACCUGUGAGCCAAUUCAGGAAGCUCCUAGAUCUGCUGAACAGAUUGCCCUUGAGAAAGCAAUUCUUGCCUUUCGGGAGAGUAAGGACCUUUGUGUUGCCACAGAGAGCUUUGUGAGAAGACUGAAGGAAAGCGGACUAACCAUGGAAGAACUGAAGCAUUCCCUGGAGAUGAAGAAAACUAAGCUGAAGGCAGAUAUUUUACUGAAAUAUCAGAGCUAAGCAAGAUGGAAACAGAAAUACCCAGUGAAUAAACAGCUUCUGAAGGUGC